AUGUCAUCCAAAAUUGACCUUCUCGAGGAGGACGUUUUCUGGCGCUAUCUUUCGGGGGUCAAGCCGGCGGAUAGAAAAUUUGAUGAACACAUUAUUGAAACACUUGCGUUACAGUGUGAUUACGAUCAAUAUUACCUACCCGACAGUGUGCCUUGGGUCAAUAGUGUAUAUUCGACCUUGACGGAAUCCCCAAUCGCAGUUGCGCCGUGGAUUUCGGAACCAUGCUUUGACGACACAGUACAUAUGCCAGACGGUACAACAAGAUUCACUCUGGUCAACGUUUGUAAAGGUUCUUAUUUCGAGCUAGGAACUGAUUGGUGGUCCGCAAAAUAUGCAUGGCUCUCACAAGCUUCGGCUGUGUUUCACAAACUCGGAGUAUCACUGGACGAAGAUCUCGGUGAUUACCGCUUCAUAGUGACAGAUCUUAAAUUGGACGGACAGAUCAAUCGCGAUGAAGUGUUUUGGCAACGACGUCAUCGACAUGGACCAAUCUAUUUAUACAUCCCUCCCUUUCGCCGACGCUCGCGAGUGUUUUGGUCUUCCGAUGAAAACGGCAAAACACGAAUUUCAAAUAGGACGUGCAGAUACCUUGGCCUUCCUGCCGGCCGUUGUGUCACAAAUGGAGCCCGCUCGUGGUGGCAUUCCUGGCCUACCCAAGUAUACAAAGACAUACGAAAGUGGCAAGUUUCUCGAGGGUUUGACCCGACAACCACCGACUUUGCUCGUUACCUCAAACAUCCCAUUUUUGACGUCAUACAAUCUGGCACAUCCCGAUUUGAGGAGCUCAACAAAGACUCUGAAUAUCUGUCCUUGGAUCUACUCUUCUAUGACACUCAGGAUACAACCAAAGAGAGAAAUCCUCCAGAAACUAAACAGUCGGCUGCUUCAAAGAGCAACUCCAUCUGGUCACUCCUCACAGCUCCAUUCUCAUGUGAAGCUUUUGAGGGGUCGGAUAUUCCUGCCGUGCUGAUGUAG